AUGUACUGCAUCAAAGAUAUUGUGAUGUCUCCUCAAUGUGGCCUACAAGCGUUUCGUGGGUUCCUGCGUUCAGAGUUCAGGAAGGAGAACCUGGAGUUCUGGCUGGCAUGUCAGGACUACAGGGUUUUGCCCUCAAACCUGCAAAAGACCAAGGCCAGCGGCAUCUACAGCCAGUUCAUCAACCCUGAUGCACCGCAGGAGGUCAACCUGGACGCGGAGACCCGUGAGGCUCUGCUGAGUGUGAUGGACUCUCCGUGUGCCGACAUGUUCAAGACGGCACAGCAGACGAUCUACAACCUGGUGGCUAAAGACUCCUUCCCUCGCUUCCGGCGCUCCCACCACUCCGUAGAGGCCAUUAGGGCUUUUUAA